CGUCCGCGCUCCCCGGCCCCGGCCGGCCCGGGCCCGGGCCGCCGCCCCCGGCUGUCAGCCGGCCGGGACUGCGCCGCCGCUCCCGCGUGCGGCGUGGGGCUCCCAGCGCGGAGCCCGGGGUUUGUUUACGUCCGGGCGGGCGCCCCGGGGCCACCCGCAGACCCCGCAGCAGCCCCUAUCUUUUGUGUGCCUGCAGGAGCGGCGCGGACCGGCCCUCCGGGGCCGGGUGCCCGGGUAGGGGUGCUUUGGGGAAACUUGCGGGGGGCGGCCGGCGCCCCGCGCGUGGAUCCUGGGGGUCGGGGCGCCCCGCGGGCGGGGGUGCGUGUGCCAGAGGAGGGCUACAACUUUCCCCGAGUGGAGGCCCGGCUCUGCGCCCCGGCGCGCAGUCUAUCUGGGCCGGGGGCGCUUGCUCCCCGCCGCCUCUCCGGGUGGUCCUCGCCUCGCGCCCGGGGGCUCCCGCGGCCCCCAGUGACCCACCCCCGUCUCUCCGAUCGUCUCCUCCGGGGCCCUGCCCUCCCAGUAGGGUCCGCGGGCGCGAUGGAGCGCGCGGCAGGUCCACUCCGAAAUGCCUACUCCGAUCCGGCUCGUGAAAGCAAAGCCCCGGGGGCCCCGGGGGCCCCGCUGGACUGUGGCGUGCGGGGCUGUGGUCCGAGCGCCGAGCCCCGGGCGCCGAGGGGGGCUCAUGCUGGUGCUCCCCAUCCGGCGCCCGAGCCGCUGCGGUGCCCAGGGGGCGCGUUCCUGCCUGCCAUUCCUCAUCCAGAGGAACGGCGCGCCCUCGGGGUCCGCCCGGGACCUGCCAGCUCCGCGCUCGCGGCGCCUGGACAGCCCCGGGACUCUGCCAGGUGGAUGUUGUGCGUAGUCGAAGCCGAGUUGAAGAGGGAACUCGAUGCCACCGCAACAGUAUUGGCGAACCGGCAAGAUGAAAGCGAGCAGUCCAGAAAGCGGCUCAUUGAGCAGAGCCGCGAGUUCAAGAAGAACACUCCAGAGGAUUUGCGCAAGCAGGUAGCGCCGCUGCUGAAGAGCUUCCAAGGGGAGAUUGAUGCACUGAGUAAAAGAAGCAAAGAAGCUGAGGCAGCCUUCUUGAAUGUCUACAAAAGAUUGAUCGAUGUUCCAGACCCCGUACCAGCUCUGGACCUCGGGCAGCAGCUCCAACUCAAGGUACAGCGCCUACACGACAUCGAAACGGAGAACCAGAAACUUAGGGAAACGCUGGACGAAUACAACAAAGAGUUUGCUGAAGUGAAAAAUCAAGAGGUUACGAUAAAAGCACUUAAAGAGAAAAUCCGAGAAUAUGAACAGACUCUGAAGAACCAAGCAGAGACCAUAGCUCUCGAAAAGGAACAAAAGUUACAAAAUGAUUUUGCCGAGAAAGAGAGAAAGCUACAAGAGACCCAAAUGUCCACCACCUCAAAGCUGGAAGAAGCCGAGCAUAAAGUUCAGACUCUGCAAACAGCCCUGGAAAAAACUCGAACAGAAUUAUUUGACCUGAAAACCAAAUAUGAUGAAGAAAUUACUGCCAAGGCCGACGAAAUUGAGAUGAUCAUGACGGACCUUGAAAGAGCAAACCAGAGGGCAGAGGUGGCCCAGAGGGAGGCAGAGACCUUGAGGGAGCAGCUCUCGUCGGCCAACCACUCUCUCCAGCUGGCCUCGCAGAUCCAGAAGGCGCCGGACGUGGAGCAGGCCAUAGAGGUGCUGACCCGCUCCAGCCUGGAAGUUGAGCUGGCGGCCAAAGAGCGGGAGAUCGCCCAGCUGGUGGAGGACGUGCAGCGACUCCAGGCCAGCCUCACCAAGCUGCGGGAGAACUCGGCCAGCCAGAUCUCCCAGCUCGAGCAGCAGCUGAGCGCCAAGAACAGCACCCUCAAACAACUGGAAGAAAAGCUCAAAGGACAGGCUGACUAUGAAGAGGUGAAGAAAGAGCUCAACAUCCUGAAAUCCAUGGAGUUCGCACCCUCCGAAGGAGCUGGGACGCAGGACGCAUCCAGGCCCCUGGAGGUGCUGCUGCUGGAGAAGAACCGCUCGCUGCAGUCCGAGAACGCCGCCCUGCGCAUCUCCAACAGCGACCUGAGCGGGUCAGCCAGGAGAAAAGGGAAAGACCAGCCUGAGAGUCGGCGUCCUGGACCUUUGCCGGCCUCCCCUCCUUCUCAGUUGCCCCGAAACACGGGGGAGCAGGCUUCCAAUACUAAUGGUACACACCAGUUCUCACCAGCGGGGUUAACGCAAGACUUUUUCAGCUCAGCCCUGGCAAGCCCCAGCCUACCCCUGGCUUCUACGGGAAAAUUUGCACUAAACUCUCUCCUCCAACGACAGCUAAUGCAGUCCUUCUACUCCAAGGCCAUGCAGGAAGCAGGAAGCACAAGCAUGAUUUUUUCAACAGGUCCAUACAGCACAAACUCCAUAUCUUCCCAAAGUCCAUUACAACAAAGCCCAGAUGUAAAUGGCAUGGCCCCAUCUCCCAGCCAAUCAGAAAGUGCUGGGAGCGUCUCCGAGGGCGAGGAGAUAGACACUGCAGAAAUCGCCCGGCAGGUGAAAGAGCAGCUGAUCAAGCACAAUAUCGGACAGCGCAUUUUCGGACAUUACGUCUUGGGACUGUCUCAAGGGUCCGUGAGCGAGAUUCUGGCCCGGCCCAAGCCCUGGAAUAAACUGACGGUUCGCGGCAAGGAGCCCUUCCACAAGAUGAAGCAGUUCCUCUCGGACGAGCAGAACAUCCUGGCUCUUCGCAGCAUCCAAGGCAGACAAAGAGAGAAUCCAGGCCAGAGCCUGAACAGACUAUUUCAGGAAGUACCGAAACGAAGAAAUGGGUCUGAAGGUAACAUCACCACCCGGAUCCGAGCCUCAGAGACCGGGUCCGACGAAGCAAUCAAGUCCAUCCUGGAACAGGCCAAAAGGGAGCUGCAAGUGCAGAAAACCGCAGAGCCGGCCCAGCCCUCCUCCACGGCCAGCGGCGGGAACUCGGACGACGCCAUCCGCUCCAUCCUGCAGCAGGCCCGCCGGGAGAUGGAGGCGCAGCAGGCCGCCCUCGACCCCGCCUUAAAGCAGGCGCCGCUGUCGCAGGCCGACCUCACCAUCCUCACCCCCAAGUUGAUCGCCCCCGCGCCCACGUCGUCGGUGUCCAGCUACUCCCCGCUGGCCAUCUCCCUGAAGAAGCCCCCCUCGGCACCCGAGCCCAGCGCCCCCGCUCCGCCCAACGCCCUGGCCCUGAAGAAGGAGCCCCAGGACGCGCCCGGGCUGGACCUCCCGGGCGCCGCCGACUCUGCACAGGGCGUCCUGAGACACGGAAAGAGCGAGCUGGGCCGAGGUGGCAGUGGCGGCGUGUGGAAGGACCACUGGUGGGGCGCCGUCCAGCCCGAGAGGAAGAGCAGUGCUCCCCCCGAGGACCCCAAGGCUGAAGAAGCUGGUGGCGGCGGCUGCGGCAGCAGCGGCGGGAAGGAGAAGGGCGGCGGCCAGGCGCGGGCCGAGCGCGGCCAGCUCCAGGGCCCCUCCUCGGCGGAGUACUGGAAGGACUGGCCCAGCGCCGAGUCGCCCUACUCCCAGGGCUCGGAGCUGAGCCUGACCGGAGCCAGCCGCAGCGAGACGCCCCAGAACAGCCCUCUGCCCUCCUCCCCGAUCGUGCCCCUGUCCAAGCCCACCAAGCCCUCGGUGCCCCCGCUGACCCCCGAGCAGUACGAGAUCUACAUGUACCAGGAGGUGGACACCAUCGAGCUCACCCGGCAGGUGAAGGAGAAGCUGGCCAAGAACGGCAUCUGUCAGAGGAUCUUCGGGGAGAAGGUGCUGGGCCUGUCCCAGGGCAGUGUCAGCGACAUGCUGUCCCGGCCGAAGCCGUGGAGCAAGCUGACCCAAAAAGGCCGCGAACCCUUCAUCCGGAUGCAGCUCUGGCUGAAUGGCGAGCUGGGCCAGGGUGUCCUGCCCGUCCAGGGGCAGCAGCAAGGGCCAGUCCUCCACUCCGUGACGUCGCUCCAGGACCCCCUACAGCAGGGCUGCGUGAGCUCAGAAAGCACUCCAAAGACCUCGGCCAGCUGCAGCCCUGCGCCUGAGUCACCCAUGAGCUCGAGCGAAUCCGUGAAGAGUUUGACCGAACUGGUCCAGCAGCCCUGUCCCCCCAUUGACACGAGUAAGGAUGGCAAACCGCCGGAACCCAGCGACCCGCCCGCUUCAGACUCCUCCCAGCCCGCCACCCCGCUGCCCCUCUCCGGGCACUCGGCCCUCAGCAUUCAGGAGCUGGUAGCCAUGUCCCCAGAGCUGGACACCUACGGCAUCACCAAGAGGGUCAAGGAGGUGCUGACCGACAACAACCUCGGUCAGCGCUUGUUUGGGGAGACCAUCCUAGGACUCACCCAAGGCUCCGUCUCCGACCUCCUCGCUCGCCCAAAGCCCUGGCACAAGCUCAGUCUGAAGGGACGGGAGCCCUUUGUCCGCAUGCAGCUGUGGCUGAAUGACCCCAACAACGUGGAGAAGCUGAUGGACAUGAAACGCAUGGAGAAGAAAGCCUACAUGAAGCGGCGGCACAGCUCGGUCAGCGACAGCCAGCCCUGCGAGCCCCCCUCCGCUGGCAUCGACUACAGCCAGGGCGCCAGCCCCCAGCCCCAGCACCAGCUGAAGAAACCCCGAGUCGUGCUGGCCCCUGAAGAGAAAGAAGCUCUGAAACGAGCCUAUCAGCAAAAGCCAUACCCGUCACCAAAAACCAUCGAAGAACUCGCCACCCAGCUCAACUUGAAAACCAGCACCGUCAUCAACUGGUUCCACAAUUACAGGUCUCGGAUCCGCAGAGAACUGUUCAUUGAGGAGAUUCAGGCCGGGAGCCAGGGCCAGGCCGGGGCCAGCGACUCGCCCUCGGCCCGGAGCGGCCGGGCAGCGCCCAGCUCGGAGGGCGACAGCUGCGACGGCGUGGAGGCCGCCGAGGGCCCGGGCCCCGCGGACGCCGAGGAGUCGGGCGGCCCCGCGGCCGCCGCCAAGUCUCAGGGAGGGCCGGCCGAGGCGGCCGCGGCCCCGGAGGAGCGGGAGGAGGCGCCGCGGCCGGCGGAGAAGGCGGAGCCGCCGCCCUCCGGGACCCCGGGCCCGGACGCCACCGACGACGAGGGCCGGCCCCGGGCGCCGCCGCCGCCGCCGCCCCCGCCGCCGCCGCCGCCGCCGCCGGAGGGCCCCGCGGACGGCCCGGGGCCCGUGCCAAACCCCGCGGCCGCGCCCGCGGCCGGGGAGGACGCCGCUACCUCAGCCGCCCCGCCGGGGGAGGGCCCCUGCAGGGCCCGGGACGGCGCCGACAGGAGUUCCGCUUUGCCAAGCACCAGCGCGCCGGCGGCCGCCCGCAGGGCCAGCUCACUGCAGAGCCUCUUCGGCCUCCCCGAGGCGGCGGGCGCCAGGGACUCGCGAGACAACCCCUUGAGGAAGAAGAAGGCCGCGAACUUGAACAGCAUAAUCCACCGCCUGGAGAAGGCCGCCAGCCGGGAGGAGCCCAUCGAAUGGGAGUUCUGAGAGGGCGCCGCCCGCCCGUCCGCCGGGCCGGGCCGCGUCGGGCCGAGCUGGGCCGAACCGGGCCGGGCAGGGCCGGGCAGAGGGGCGGGCGCCGACGCCGCGGCCUGGACCGUGUUGCGCACUUACCGCCCUGCGGGCCACAGGGCAAAAUCGCCAUAGGCCAAGGUGCAUAUAGAAAACAAAGGAGCAUUAAGCCCAAUCUAUGUCGUGUUUUCAAGGAAGAAAACGGAAAUGUGUAGUCGAGCUUUUUUGUACCCUGAAGUGUUUUUUUUAAUUGCCCUAAGUGAUUUCCACAGGUUCUGGAAUAACUCUUACAGCUUUGCCUUGCGCCCUCCUCUUUGGUGUGGGCUUUAAAAAAAAAAAAAAAUCAAACCCACAUAUUAAAAGGGGGCUUUUUAUCUGCCAUCUAAUGGCUUCAGAGCGAUAAUACACUAUUAUCUUCUUAAACCAGGAAAAAAGGGGGGGGGGAUUUUUCAGAAAAAUUUAAAAAGAAAGUUUUUGUAGCUGUUCAGUUGCCACUAAGAGAUUGCACAGUCAAACCGACUCUAAACACACUAGUUUGGAUUCCUAAAUAUUUUCAAGUAAAGAAUCUUCUCCUUUGAAACUUUGAAUUAAAAGUAAAACACAUUUACUCCACAUAUUUUUUAACAAAAAAGAAAAGUCACAUCAGGAAAAUAUCUGAUUUUGUGGUAGCUGACGUAGUGUUUUCUUGUACGUGAAUAGACUCCUGACAUGUAGUGCACAUUGAUCCAUAGCUUUAACUGACUCUGGGCUUUUGCUGACCAGGGUUUGUUUAAUACACUCCAUUCUAGGCCAAAUCAGGACAAAAAGGAAAGAUCCGAAUCUAGGUAUUUUAUAAUCUGCUUUUUAACCUCUAACCGCAGAGCACGCUGAUCAGACCUCAUAUCUCGGAGGUGUAGGAGACAAGUUAGAACUGUAGCAUGUACCCGUUCAUUUUGUUUAAUUUAUGGUGUCUUACGUCUGUGUUAGUGUGUCUGCACACGUGCGAGCGUUGAAAGGAAGGAGGAAAGAGUAGGCCGCGAAGGUCGCCGCAGGCAUUUCUGGGGCCCGCCCCUCGCCCCUCGUAGGCAGCAGUCUUUCCGUGACACAGAAGGCACCACACCUCACACCACUCUCCCGGGCGCCUGAUGGACUGAGCCCCACCAGGGGACGCCACUCCCUGGGCCUGGGCAGGGCUCACGAGCACUCUCUCUCUCUCUCUCCCUCUCCCUCUCUCUCUCUCUCCCUUUCUUCCCACCACAAGCACUGAUGACUGUUGACGUCGUGGGAAGCCUCCUUCCUUCCCUGCAGAAGAGAGAACGUGGCAGUCUGGGCUCGGCUCCCACCCCCGUAGAGAUGCCCAAACUCACACCAAAACGUCGAUGCUCUUCCCUUCCAGACUAGACCAUUGGCCCUCCAUCCAUUUCGCCUCUUGGAACGUUCUUUUCUGCACAGUUUAGGGCAGUCGAAGUACAAAUCAAAAGUCUAACUUGUCUCUGAUUCCUCCUGUCGUCUAUGUGUAUAUGCGUGAGAACAGAGGUGGAUGAGAGUGUGCGUGUGUGCGUGUGUGCAAUUUUAUACGUCUGUGUAUUUUCUUAAGUACCUGUGCACACAUAGAGUGCAUUACUGCCACCUUUUUUCAAUAAGCUGUUUUAUCAGUUAUGGCUUCUACAAGUUUGCUAAUUUAGACUCCUUUAUUGCCAUAUCUUUAAACUAACAAUAGAUGAUUUCGGUAUAUAUAUAUAUUUUUUUUUGCUUAUUUAUAGGUGCUGUAUUUUAUUAUCUGAUUGUUAGGAAGGGAUGAAAGGGGCAAAUAUUCUUUAGAGGGAUAGACUGCCGGCAGUAUUGGGUAUAAUUUACAAGAUGUAGUUGUCAUACUGUAUAUUACUGAUUGAAAACUUUUUGACCGUAUUGUGUAUCAUUGAAACCUUUGUCUUAGGUCAACAUCUUUGGAUGACAUUUUAAUGGUGCAUUCAUUAUUUCUUAAGUUUAAUUAAUAUUACCUUUUUUUUGAUUUGGGGGGGUGGGAGGGAGUUCUAAUUUUAAAGGUAUGCUCCCGCUAUUACACCUCAGUGUGCUUGUAUUAAUUAACUUGUAGGACUUUGUAAGAUGUGAAACCACAUUUCUUGCAUGAUGUUUUAGAAAUUAUGUAUUUCAUUUACAGUCUUUUUAACCUGCGACUGCAGCACUUAGUUCAAGUUUUCACAAACUUAAGAGUCACUACACUAAAGACAAUGCCUUUUCAUGAAUGAGAAGUUUUCAGAAGGCUCUAGGAGGCUGGGAGGCAGGCCGUUUGUCUUUUGAUGGUUGCAUAUCACCUCUGAACUUGAAAUCUGGUUCAGUGAGCAGAGAAUUCAAAACGGAGGAGCUUAAGGGGAAACCGGAUUCACAUCUGGCUGAAUUCAGGUGCACUGAGCAGAGUUGGCAUUUGUGCCCCUCAGGACAGUGAGUAGCAGAGCCCCUGGCAGGACUGUGGUGUCCUCUCCACGAGAACCUCGAGGAGGAAUGUGUGGUCAUCGCGUGUGAUGAAUCUCCAAAUACCUGGCUUUCAUUAGACGCAAAGCAGGGCGCUAGCAGGGCAGACUAGGGUAGCGUUUUCGUUUGAAAGGCAUGACUGUUAUUUACUAAGGUGUUAAAUCGGAGGAAAUUGAAAAAGUCUAAAUCUGUCCAUCCUAGUGGCCAAAUAGUAACGUCUAAAACAGCCGCCUUGGCUCUUCCAGGCAGUUUCGUCAUUUUUGUUGGUUUCGGUUUCUUUAACUAGGGUACUGUUGAUUUCCAUUCUAUCUCUGUGGCCAGACGUAACAUCUGGGUGCUCGAUACAAUCAGUUGGUUCAAGUUUGCUUGCAGUUCCAUGUUCGUAUUUUUUCUCUAUUUAUUUUUUUUUUUUAAUGGCGAUCCCAACCCUAUGAUCUCUUGUGUUAAGCUAUCUAUCGCUAUCUGUCAUACUCUGAAGAGCUGCCACUAACUAACAGGAACCUGGAGGGGGGAGCGGGCCCCUCCUCUUUGUGCCCCUCAGCUUGAGUCCAAGGGUUGAUCUUUCAUCUUGAUAAGCAAUAUUCAAGUGCCUUGAACAGCGUCCUCUCCGCGGGGUUUACCUUCAGCUGGCUGGCGUUCCAAGCAGUAGCUCCCACAGGCAGCUGCCCCCUUCCUCUUUACGCUCCACCAGUUUAAAAAGCUGAUUUGUACCUCUCCCCUGGGGAAAACGGUUCCGUAGAAAACACUAACACUUAAUUACAAGCUCCAUUAUAACCAUCUUAAAUGGCUUCUUUUGGUUAAUUGGAGGCAGUGUUCCUAACUUCAGGUUUUUGCCAUUGCUUAGCCGGCUCAGUGGAGGUUCAGCGUGCAGCGAGUGUCCGCCUUCAGCCUCUUGACCCUUGGCUCCUGCUCACGUCCCCACGGGGCGUCUCAGAUGGAAGGGGUGUGGGUUCUGUCCUAGACCCGCGCCCGCUCACUCGUGCCACCUGGCUCCCAGAGGACCUCUCCCCUUGAACUUCUGGGUCGAGAUGUCUGUGAUGUCUGCCUACCAGCGCGCCCUUGUUUAGCAAGGAUUAUCACAGCCCUGUAGCUCCGCUCGGUGUUUCGCCGAGCCCACCCCGCUGAAGCACAUCACGAGACACGGUGGCUCAGGGUCGGCAGAUUUGGAAGGAAGCUCCAGGAAAUGGCAGGAUCUUGACUCGUGUGACUGCUCUCAGGCCAGGGCCACCAAGUCUGGGAAAGUGACUGAGGCCGCAGGCUAACCAGCCAUGACCUCUCUCGAACCGUUUCCCUACACUUCCAACGCACAGGUGCCUCCCUGCUCAUCGCCCUCCUGUGCGCAGCUUCGUUUUUCUCCCCCAUUGAAAAGCCAGACAUGCUGGUCGGUGGUCCAGAUCCAGAGUACAGCAGGGCUUUGGGGGACAUGUUCCUCUGUGCCCCCUGCCGCCAGCAGUGAGAGACCCUCCCAGGCCCAGCCAGCAGCCCCAGGAGGAAGGAAACACCCAAAGGCCUCCCCCACCCGGGGCCACACCAGCCCUGCAGCCCGGAGCAGGCCAAGCGCAGGACAGGUUUUACGCACGCUCUGGCAUCUGACUACCCUAAGGUCACCCAGCAGUCCUGUCCUAAGAGAUUGAGCUGAGAGUCCCCAGACGGUCCCAUCUGCAGGCAGGUACCUUCCUGGCUCACGUGGGACCAGACGUCUCUGUCCCCCCUGAACUCACCUCCUUUCACGCAGGGGUGAUCAGCGAACUCUAUUGACUUUCUAUGCAAUGUUUUUCAUUCCUCUGACUGUAGAACAGACCUCCCUGCAAACAGCAGAGGAGCCAGGGGAACAGAACACAUGUCCUUCUGGGAUUAGCACAAAGUGAGACAGUGACAGGGGCUGUAGGUCUUGAGCUGGGGGACAACAGCCUUCACCUUAAAUGCACUUUGGCAGGCACCUCUGGACUGGCUCUAAAAACAAGACUCUGCCCUUAGCCGGCGCAAGCCGCUGCCCUCUGAGGCCAGCGAGCCAGCUGGCGGGAGACGGAGCAGGCGAGGUCCCGGCGUGCAUGCGUGGCGAGCGUGGUGGGCUGGUAGCCGCACCCCUUCAGGCUGGGCGUUCGGCUCCCCCCCGGGUGUCAUCCUCAUCUGUCCCCUUCUACCUCACUGAGCAUGCUCCCGCGAGACCUUACCCCUCGCCCCCCAGAGCUGUCAGGCAAGUGAGAUUGGGGAAGCGAAAAAUCUAGAAGCCUGGUGUCUGUGAGCAUCUCUUGGCCUGGUGGGCAGGUGGCUUCCCUUUUUUGUGACACAGCUGUGCCCCGCGAGGCCCACGGACUUUUCUCUUGGCUUCCACCUGUUCCUGAAACUCUCACAGCUGUUUCCUUUGCAGGCAGGCGCGGCCUCGCGCCUCGGAGCGUCUCGCCUUGGGCCUGCCUGUGCCCUCUGGCCAUUCCUGUCCAGCUGUUUCGGUCCGUCACAGCCCUCUCCCUGCCCUGGGCUGCCCCUCGGCGGCCCUCUGAGGACACUUCCCUGGGAUUCCUUCCCGGCACGGGGGGGACUCUGUCAUCUCUGGCCCUGGGACGUUGUCAUUUCAGCCCUUCUGUGAGAAGCAUCCCAGGGACAGGAGAGGAUCCGGCCUUCUCCAGCCCACAUGUAUGGUCUUUGGUCACGUGACCCUUUCUCCCUAAAACUAUAUAGGCCGCUUUCCACACCGAGCCGAAGAAGAGCAGCUCCCGGGGCUGCUGGGUGGAUGUGGGGCCACCCACGCUGGUGUCCAAAUGAGAGGAAUCGGGAAGGACCCCGCGUGUGGAAAUCGUGCCGCUUGGGCCUUGAUGGCGCGCGGGGAGCCUUCUUGAACCCAGUCCAGCUCCUGUCGCAAGCAGUAAGAGCUGGCCUGGGAUCCCGACGUGAUGUAUGUCUAGUCCCCAGUGCGCUGACUGUCGGCCUGGCCAGCAUACCUGCUUGCUAAGGGGAUGGGCCCCUCUCCCACUACCAUGCCCGUCCGUUUCUGCCUUUUCGUAGAUGAAAACUACCGGGACAAGAAGGGAAAGCAAGUUCCCAGUUAGAGUGCUGAGAAGGUCCAGCCUGCGAGACUCUUGAGAGAUGUACUGAGCGCCGAGGCCAGAGCACUCGGGUUGCACGGAGGCUGGAGGUGGCAGAGGAGGGGUGCGGGGCGCGGCGGGCCGAGCAUGAAAUGAGCCCUGCCCCAGAGUCUGCCCUACUCUGGCAGCCCCGGCAGCCCGGGGACCUCACCCCUGGUCAGGGAGAAGGAAAUAGGAUUUCCGCCCACCUCCCUGUGGGUCCCCUGGCCGGACCUGCCCCCACCGGCCCAGGCCCGACCACCCGCCUCCAUCCCCACCUCCCCUCCAAAGAGACGUACGCACUGACAGUGGCCUCCUCCCUGUUUUCAUUUUUGGAUGAAGUGACAUUUAGCUUUAACAAGACAUUUCCAAAGCGCCUAGUCUCCUCCAGAAUGCUAACUUUAAAAGUUGGGCAUGGCAGGUGAAGAACCUAUAAAAAAAAAAAAAAAAUUUUAAACUUAAAAAAAAAUUUUUUUAAAGACAUUAGGCUAGGCAUAAAUGUCCACUUCCCCAUCCCCGUUAUUAAACGUUUAAAAUACCUUUGAGUUGCUUUUCCUGGAUCAUUUUAGUUUAUCCAAUAAUGUUAAAAUGCAUAGGCUGCGUGACUGUAAUUUCUGUAGUGUUUAGGCUUUAAUUUCUACCACAAAAUGUGCUAUAUGCUAUGUAUCAAGCUUUCUGUGAUCAGAAAGGAAAGGUGCCUUAUAUCCCAAUGUCACGGCUACAUCCCUAUGGAAAAUAAUCAGAAGCACAGUGUGUACAGAAGCAUUGGGGCUUCCGCUGGUGAAACCAGACGCCAGUCAGCAAGAUGCAUUGAAGUGGCACGGGGCUGCUUUUGUUUUAUGCUUCCUUUCUUCUCCUUUUUCAUUUUUUCUCCUCCCGCCCCCCCCCCCCCGCUUCUUUUUUCCUUUGUUCGUAGUUUGCUUUAAACAGAAAGCACUUAAAUAGAGGAUUAUGUGUAAAAGCUCUGUGCAAUAGAAAUCAUUUUCCUUCUUUUUAAGAGAUAAUGUAUUGCACACCAAAUGAACUCAAAGUAAGCUUUAGACCAGGACGAUUCAGGUUGUGGAUGCGUAGAAUGAGUUUGUUCACUGUAGUUCCGUUUGUUCACGAACUGAUGGGAAAACAGGCCUCCCUCCACCGCCUCCCCCCCACCCCCGCCCGCCGCCACCGUCGCCACCGCCGCCGCCGCCGCCACGCAUCUCAGCCUGCCUCUUGCUGACCCCCAGGCUCCGUGUGUAGGGCCCACGGGCGCCCCCCAGAACUGCUGGCUGGGUGGCAGGUGGGCAGGGAGGGGCAGUCUGCGACCCAGCCGCUGAGAACCCUCCCGAGGGCAAGACCACCGCCAUCCCCUUCCAGCCCUUAGCGUUCCUCGUUGAGAUGGAUUGACUGCUACUGACCCGCCAGCGUGCGAGAGGGUAAUUAUAAAAGGAUGUUUCCUUGAGGGGAAAAAAAAAAAAAAGAAAUUCUAUCCUCUUCUAUUUAUUAUUAGGUUGAUCAUUUAAGUACGUAUCAGGAGUGUGUUGUUGUUCUGUGUGUUGUUGUUGUUUUUAUGAAUGCUUUUUGCUCUCACUCCAGUGGUGACUGUCUUCUGCCUCCAGCCCUCCCCCGCCCCAAACCACCCAAGGGCCUGGGGCGGGGGGCGCGGGGCGUGCAGAGGGGGCGUCUCCAGCAGAAGCAGUGUCUCCCGAGGAGCCGCGCGGCAACGGGUGGUCUCCACGUGGCUAACGUGUCAGAGCGAGAGAGUCGAUGCCCAGCAGUGACAAAACCUACCAGUGUGAGGAGGGGCCGGGUUGCAGGACACUCGUGGGCGGGGCUGCAGGGGAGACUCAGAGAAAGCCGAGUUCAGUUCCCCCAAAGCCUCCUAGAGCCUCUGGUAAGACUUCUGGGUUCAUGCCGCGUCGGGAGCCCCGCUCAGGCCCGCCUGCCGCUCGACGUGGUUUCUGGCGAGGCUCCUGCGAGCUGACGAGCUCCAGUUGGCUUUCGUUGCUGUCGUUGUUUUUCCGGGCCACAAAGUCGGUCCAGAUCAUCUCGUGGAACAACCGCGGUUCUUCGUCAGGUUUUGGCUGGAGGACCCCCGCCCCUUGCCGGGUCCCGUGGACGUGGCUCCGUGGGGCGGGGGCUGAGGCCAGGGGCACCUGCUGGCUUGCUCCUCGGGUGUGAGGGCCGAGGCCAGGCCCCGCCGCCCCGGAGCUGGAGCUCCCUCGGGGGCCCCCCAACCCCUGCCUCGCUUUCCGGGCCUGACUCUUCCCUCCUCUGCCAUCGUGUCGGGUCCGACGCUGUCGUCUUGGAAAGAAAGGCCUCCGGUGAAAUAAGAGCCCCCGUCCCCUCCCCCCAAAGGUUUUCAUCUCCCUCGAAGUAGUCUAUGCAUUUCUCUCUCUCUCUCUCUCUCUCCCUCUCUCUCUCCCUCUGGAACCGUUUUCUGCCUCUUCCCUUGAGAAAACGGGCCUCUCGGGUCCCACCCACUGAGACCCCCUCAGAAAAUGCUGUGCAUUUUGGAGACGUGAGGAUCCGUUCAACAUUCUGCAGGCAUUUGCAAAUAGCCUGUCCGAAAAGCGGGACAAAGCGAGCAGACGAGGUGGUGUCCCCCGCGUCCCUUUCCACUGAGUAAGACCUCGCUCUUUGCGAUUGUGCAAUAAACUACUUGCCCUGAGAGCGGGUGGCCACGCUCCUGCCCAGACUACUAACUAACACAGCACAGGACGGCCCCGUCGAGCGAGCGGCGGGCCUCUUCCAGAAGACUCCUAAUAAGCUCAGCUUCCCCCCCACCCCCGCCCCCUGCCCCUGGCCCCUUGUAUUGUGGUGUCUUACAUUUUAGCAGUAUUUUAUAUUUUCUGUAACGCACUAAGUCUUAGAUGUUUCUAGAGCGCGUCUGUUCAUACUCACAAUCACAGACCUUUUUUUUUUUUCUCUUUUAAUCCUCACAAAUGACCCGAUUGACCAAAAAAAGAAAAAAGAAACAGAAAAAAAAAAAAAAAAAAA